AUGCGUUUCUCCAUCACCGCUGUUCUGGCUUUCGCCGCCACUGCCCUUGCGCAGACUCCCGACUUCGAUCCCAUCUACACUCCCAAGUCUGGCGAGACCAUCAAGGCCGGCGCUCCUUUCACCGUCACUUGGACUGCUCCCCCCAAGUACGCUGAUGGCACCAUCAAGAUCGAGCUGAUCGGAGGCGCUACCCAGCCUACCCAGGUCAAGCUCGCCGAUAUUGCCUCCGGUGUCAAGAACAGUGCCAACACUUACACCUGGAACGUCGACGCUUCUCUCGGUGACAAGGCUGUCUACGGUCUUGUUUUCCGCCUUGAGAGCAACCCCAGCAUCUUCCAGUACUCCAACCCUUUCCACAUCAAGGGCUCCGACGGUGCUUCUGGUAGCGGCAGCGUCACCAAGACCACUUCUCACGGCGUCAAGACUGUUACUCUGUCCUCCACCAGCACUCCUGUCACCACGACCUCUGCUCCCGUCACCACCAAGCAUAGCACCAUUCAGCUCAACACCACUGUUCCCUGCAACACCACCACUCUGGUCAAGACCACUGCUGGCCCUACCGGCCCUGUCGUUAUCACCAGCACCGCCGUCGUCAACCCCAGCAACCCUGCCACCACUUCUCCCACCGGUGCUCCCGUUCCCACCGGUGCUGCCAGCGCUGUUCGCGUCGGCUCCCUCACCAUCAUGGGUGUUGUCGCUGCUGUUCUCGCCCUGUAG